GCCCCACCCCUUGUCCAGCUAUAGGGGCUGGAGCAGCGGCAUCAGCCUCCAGAAACACCGGCACGUUGCAAGGCUAGCGAGCACAGGACCAGCGGCGAGGUGGGAGAGACUGCCGCGGAGGACAAGGUUACAACGGGGCAUCCACAAGGCGGUGUCCGGCAAAGGCAUCAUCUAUCCCAGGCCAACAUUGCUGACAGUCGGGGAGAUUUAAAGAGCCACCCGGUCUCGGGUACCGGCAUCUGACAAUGUGAAAGCACCAAUCAAUGGCAUUUUCCCCGCAGUGUGUGGCCGAUCUAAUUACGAUCCGGAUCGAAGCAUUUUUAAUAUGAACUCCACAUCCUGGCUGACCCUGCCUCUGGUCGUGUUAUGGGUCGCGCCUCGAGUCCACUCGACAUGGUGGUACAUGGGUGCCCUUGGAACCCGGGUGAUUUGUGACAACAUCCCUGGUUUGGUGAGCAGACAGCGACAACUGUGUCACAAACACCCAGAUACAAUGCAGUCGAUUGGAGGUGGAGCCAAGGAGUGGAUCGCAGAAUGUCAACAGCAGUUCCGCCACCACCGCUGGAACUGUAACACGCUGGACAGAGACCACACACUCUUCGGUAGAGUCAUGCUUAGAAGUAGCAGAGAAGCUGCCUUUGUUUAUGCCAUCUCGUCUGCUGGGGUGGUGUUUGCCAUAACAAGAGCCUGCAGUCAAGGAGAGCUCGGCUCCUGUUCCUGCGACCCCCAAAAAAAAGGCAUCUCUAAGGACCACAAGGGAACCUUCGACUGGGGAGGAUGCAGUGAUAACAUUGACUAUGGUAUUAGUUUUGCUAAAGCAUUUGUGGAUGCUAAGGAAAAGAAAGGGAAGGAUGCCAGGGCACUGAUGAACCUGCACAAUAAUCGAUCUGGGAGAAAGGCUGUAAAACGAUUCCUGAAGCUUGAAUGUAAGUGCCACGGAGUUAGUGGAUCAUGUACAUUGCGAACCUGCUGGCUUGCCAUGGCAGACUUCCAAAAAACUGGCAACUACCUCCGGAGAAAAUACAACGGAGCUAUCCAGGUGAUCAUGAACCAAGAUGGCACUGGGUUUACAGUAGCAAAUAAGAACUUUAAAAAACCAACAAAGAAUGACCUGGUGUAUUUUGAGAGCUCUCCAGACUACUGUGUGAUAGACAGAGAAGCAGGGUCUCUGGGUACAGCAGGCAGAGUGUGCAACAGGACCUCUCGUGGGAUGGACGGCUGUGAAGUGAUGUGCUGUGGCCGAGGCUAUGACACCUCCCGCAUCAUGCGGGUGACCAAGUGUGAAUGUAAGUUUCACUGGUGCUGUGUCGUCCGCUGCAAGGAAUGCCAUGAAAUGACAGACGUACACACGUGCAAAGCCCCCAAGAACGCAGAGUGGCUGGAUCAGACAUGAAAGAUCGGAGGAAGCACGGACAGAUAAUACUCGCCCUCUCUUCACCUUUAACAAAACCAGCCUGCCUCCAUCUUUAUUCUAUCUGAAUCUACAGGAGAGAUGUCCCGCUGAGUUACUCCAGCAUUUUGUGUCUAUCUACGUCCUUUCUUUAACAUCCUAAAUUAUUUUAGGUGAAGACAUUGUUUUGUCCCUGUUUGGAAGUCAGUGAUGCAAGACUUUUCUGACAAGGUAGUUCAAUAGCAUUUGCCUUUUCCUGAACACAAAUGGUGUGUAAUUAACUGCAUUUGCCCAUUUGGAAAUCAUAUGAAAAUCAUAGCUUGGAAGUAAGGUUGAAAGAUUCAAUAAGAGUCUCAAAAUCCUUUGGUUUUCAUUUUAAUAUGGUUAUCUCUAUCCACUGCUCAUCAUCCAUGCGGCAUUGCAGUCCUGCUGCAGAAAGAUCAGCAUGCCUUUGUUUUCUGCCAUAAUUUGCUUUUCAUAGACAUGACCCAAAAUAGGUAUAAUCCCCAACCAGGACUCAAUGUUCUGCAUCAGUUUCUGAACAAAUGUCAGAACCAGGUUCCAUACUGUAUAUAACAUGUAGGGAGGAACUGCAGAUAUAGGUUUAAACCGAAGAUAGAUGCAAAAAGAUGGAGGAAUUCAACGGGUCAGGCAGCAUCUCUGGAGGAAAGGAAUAGGUGAUGUUUCGGGUCGAGACCCUUCUUCAGACUGAGAGUCACAUAUGAAAGAUAUGCAUCUCUUUCAUUCAUUUGUUCUAUAUGUAUCUCUCUACAUCACCGUCUAUAUCUCUUGUUUCCCAUUCCCCUGACUCUCAGGCUGAAGAAGGGUCUCAAUCCAAAACGCCACCUAUUCCUUUGCUUCAGAGAUGCUGCCUGACUCGCUGAGUUACUCCAGCUUUUUUUGCCUAUCUAUGAUACAGUGGCUUCCUUGCAAACCUGGGCCUGGCAAUCAUUUCAUUGAGAUCUUCGAUUGAUUGAUAUUUAGUUAGAUUCCCUUUGUCUUGUUCUCAGAUGCAUAUUUAGUCACAGCUCAUCUCCACAACUCAAGCCACAAACUGAGGUGGAUUUCAGUCGAAGCUGUUUCUUUCAGCAUGCUGCAAUAUUGGUGCUCACUCAACAAUUGGUUCAGGUUGACCCGGUUUUUACAAUAAAGUUCCAAUUGUUGACGUCUCCCAGCGGUUCAUAGGCUAAACGUGCCAAUGGCAUAGAGAUCAAUCUUAUGAUUAAAGUCAGGCCAAGGGAAGAAGCACAUUCAUCAACCUCAGUAUUCCUGGUCUAGAGGGCGAGAUAAUCGUGCAGAGUUACGGCCUCAUAUCACUAUUCUGUGGCUACAGCUAAAGGUGUGCCGACAAUCACAUCAUAUGGAUCCACAUGAGUCUAAAGUACCUCUUCUAAGAGUUUCAUUCAUUGCUACAGUACACACUUGAGCAAUGCCCAUUAUUCAGGUAUGGGGACCUAUUGUUGCCAAUGGAACUGAAUUUCAAUCUGCCCAUUGCACAUCUCAAUAUCGAAUCAGAAUCACACUUUAUUGGCCAAGUAUGUUUUGCAACAUACGAGGAUUUUCAUUGGCCAGGUCAGUCAUACAAUAAAAAGCAACAGAUCACUCAAAAACACAUUUUAACAUGAACAUCCACCACAGUGACUCCUACACAUUCCUCACUGUGAUGGAAGGUGUGAUAUUGCAGCGUUCUCAGCACAAAUAUUUGUUUGCCAAUUAAACAAUCACAUGCUAAGGUUCUGAUUGUAAAAUGUGCAGAUACAAAAAGAAAAUGAAUUUCUAAAAUAGCAACAACAAAUGGCAAUAAUCUAAUAUUCAACAUUGUAGAAACAGCUACUUCACUCCUAUUAGUGACAUGUCAUCAGGAUAUGUCAAUGUAUAAAAUAUAAGAAAACUCAGAUACCCUAUGAAUUUCUUACAAGAUGUAAAUUUAAUGUAGGAAGUUAGCAGUUAUAUGUGGACGAAGAGAUAUCUUUGUGAAAUGUAAUACCAAGAUACCAAGAGAUGUUGAGUUUAUUCUCAUAUGUUCAAGUACAUUGAGGUACCGGACAUUCUGUUUGACACCAAUCUUAUUUGCAACACCAACACAGGCACAUUGACACAGACGAAUAAACAAAACAAAAUAUGAGUAAAUUAUACAAAAAUUAAACUUAAAAUUACAAAAAGAAAGAAGAUUGU